GGCGGUGGGUGGGACCUCUAGCCCUGCGCGACGGGCUUGAUAUUCGCCGGCGCCGCCUGGGCCCGGGAGUGCGAAGGGAAGUCAUGGCCGAAGCGGAUCCUAGCUCGUUCGCCGACCCCGGCUGCUGCCGGACCCACCACCUCUACCUGCGCUGCCGGGUCGACUUCGAGAGCAAGUCGUUGCGGGGGAGCGCGGCCCUCACCGUGCGGGCGGAGCGGGACCGCCUGCGCUGCCUGGUUUUGGACACAAAGGAUUUAACAGUCCAUAAAGUGCUUGUCAACCAGCAGGAGGCCCAGUUUGUUCUUGGAGAACGUCAUCCUUUCAAAGGAGCACCACUCGAAAUCACUUUGCCUUUUCAAGUGGGAAAGGGGCAAGAUGUGAUUGUAGAGAUCUCUUUUGAAACUUCUCCAAGGUCUUCAGCACUGCAGUGGUUUACUCCAGAGCAGACUUCAGGAAAAAGGCAUCCGUUCCUCUUCAGUCAGUGUCAGGCUACGCACUGCAGAGCUGUUCUUCCUUGCCAGGACACACCUUCCGUGAAGCUAACGUACUAUGCAGAGAUAUCUGUUCCAAAUGAAUUGGUGGCUCUUAUGAGUGCUAAGAGAGAUGGAGAUUUGCCAGAUCCAGAAGAAAGCUCUAGGAAGAUUUAUCGUUUCAGUCAAAAUGUUCCAAUACCAAGCUAUUUGGUUGCUCUAGUUGUUGGUGCUUUGGAAAGCAGAGAAAUUGGCCCCAGAACUUUGGUAUGGGCUGAAAAGGAACUGGUAGACAAAGCAGCAUAUGAAUUUGCGGAGACUGAAGCCAUGUUGAAAAUUGCAGAAGAUUUGGCAGGCCCUUAUGUAUGGGGUCAGUAUGACUUGCUCGUGUUACCACCUUCGUUUCCUUAUGGUGGUAUGGAAAACCCCUGCCUCACCUUUGUUACUCCAACAUUACUGGCUGGCGACAGAUCAUUAUCUGGCGUUAUUGCACAUGAAAUUUCUCAUAGCUGGACAGGAAAUCUGGUAACAAAUAAAACAUGGGAGCAUUUUUGGCUAAAUGAAGGACACACAGUGUACUUGGAACGCCGAAUCGGUGGCUGGCUCUUUGGUGAACAGUUCAGGCAUUUCCAUGCUCUGGGAGGCUGGCGAGAAUUACAAAACACGAUAAAUACCCUUGGAAGCACAAACCCCAUGACCAACUUGAUCCCUAGUCUGAAAGACGUAGACCCCGAUGUUGCUUAUUCUUCUGUUCCAUAUGAGAAAGGUUCUGCAUUACUGCUUUACCUUGAACAGCUUCUUGGUGGACCAGAUGUCUUCAUAGGCUUUUUGAGAGCAUAUAUCCAGCAGUUUGCAUACCAGAGUAUUACAACUGAAGACUGGAAGAACUUCCUAUACACUUAUUUUAAGGACAAGAUUGAUGUGCUUGAGAAAGUUGAUUGGAAUGCAUGGAUGAACACUCCUGGCAUGCCACCCGUAAAACCAACGUAUGAUACAACACUAUCAAAUGCUUGUAUUGCUUUGAGCCAAAGAUGGAUCAAAGCUACGGAAAGUGAACUCUGCUCCUUUAGUUCGGCUGAUAUAAGAGAGAUGUCUUCCCACCAGCGCAUUGAGUUCCUUGCCCUAAUCUUGCUGGAGAAUCCUAUGCCAGUGAGCCAUGUAAGAAGAAUGCAAGAAGUUUAUGACUUUAAUGCUGUGCACAAUUCUGAAAUUAGAUUCAGGUGGCUUCGCCUCUGCAUUCAGGCCGGAUGGGAAGAUGCUAUUCCUCUUGCAUUAAAGAUGGCUACCGAACAAGGCAGAAUGAAGUUCACUCGUCCACUGUUUAGGGAUCUGUAUAAAUUUGAAAAAUCCCGUGAUCAAGCUAUCAGUGCUUUCCAGCAGCAUAAAGCUUCCAUGCAUCCAGUGACUGCAAUGCUGGUAGCCAAAGACUUGGGUCUGGAUGGACAGACAACCACAACUUUGCAAACUUAGGAAUAAAUUCUUAUAACAAAGCAUCUCCAUGUAACUUUUUUUUCAUCACAUGAGCAAAAUGGUAAUAUUGAUCAUGGUAACUUGCAUGUUUGAUUACUUGCUUUCUCUUCUUAACCUGUUUUUUUUUAAUAAAGUUUCAUGCUGAUAUGCUAGCACUUCAACCUUGGGCAUCUGCAAAUCUGAAAAAAUUGAAAUACAUUUUGAUACAUUUUGUUUGUUACUGCAUCAUAAACAGUAUGGGCUGUUUUGCUAUCUAUGCUACUUUAAGAAAUAAAGCCUUUUAUGAUAA